CGUCGGCAGAAAAGACGCGCACACGUGGAGGAAAAACCGGAGCUUCACUUUUGAGGAGGAAAAAAAACUGAAACGAGCCGAAGUCUUAACGAGGAGAAGGGGAGGGAGGGGGCGCGACGAUGCUCCUGGCAGAGCCAAAGAGGUGACUGUAACGAGCCCUGGACGAAGAAGAAGAAGAAGAAGGAGCGCUGCUUUGUGAUCCCCUGGCAUUGAUAAAGAGAAUAAAAGUGUGUGAACUGACGGGUCAUGGAAAACCCCUGGAGGAGGAGGAGGACGCAGGCGGUGAGGUGGAAACUGCUGAGGAACUCGCUGCUGCUCUGUUUAUUCACCGGUGGCAGCAAAGCCCAGUGUGAAGGCUGCAUAGAGUACUGCUGCGAUGGAUCGCCGCCUUUCUGCUGCUCCUAUUACGCCUACGUGGGAGACGUCCUCUCGGGCACCGCCAUCUCUGGUAUCGUCUUCGGCGUGGUGUUCCUGAUGGGGGCGGUGGCGGCCUUGUUCCUGUGCGGGUGUAUGUGCAUGAAGAACGGCCGGGGCGCGCGGGUCGGUGUGUUCAGCACUUCCUACAUCAACACUGUGACUCAGGGCUACCCAGGUCCCCCUCCUCCAUACACCUACGACUACGAGAUGUACCCUCCCUCGCUGCACCCCCCGCCUUACACCCCAACCCAGCCUCAGCCGGCCAGCAACUCCCCCCCUCCUCCUUACCCUGGCUGCACUCGCAAGUGAAUCCCUGCAGCGCAGAUCAUCCAGCGGCCGGCUCAAAGGACACUCUCGCGCCCUGGCUUUUAAAGUCCUGGAGAUGGCUGCACAUGUCUCUGACCCAGUGCAAUAUUCAGCAGGCCAGAAUUCCCAGCUCCAGCCUGCAGGGUGGAAAUGUCACCACAUUUCUGCUCCUUGACAGCUGAGUCUGGACCAAACAGCGGGGAAAUAAAUACUGAUUUCACAUGAUGCCGGUCAGGAGGACACCCACACACGUCCAAAUUCUGACAGACUCGUCCGUUAGCUGCCCUGCUAGCCUGCAGCCAGUACUUUUCCCCCCGCUAAUAUCCAAUAUCCUCAUCUGUCCCUGGCUGUGCACAUCAAAGGCAGCGCGCCGCCACCGCCGCUUUGAUGGAGGUGAAGACCACUUUUGUCGGCGUGGAGGGAAACCUCACAUCACUGGAGGAGAGAAGUCUUUCCAGGACACAAUGUAGACUAAGCUUUUAUUGAAAGUUAUCUAUCACCCCCAAAUUUUUAAAAAACUUGACUUAUGUCAGAGACUGAGGUGGAAGUUGAUGAUUAAAGCUGUUUUAAACAAGUCAGACGUGGACCUGUCAUGUUUAGACACAAAGACUUGAAUACAAUGCAUAAUGAUACUGACCUUAAUGGCAUGGAAAACUUGAAAGGACCGGCUUGUUGGUAAUUGGUUUUCAUUGCCUUACUUGAAGCAAUGUGAGUGUGAAAACUGAGCUGGGGGGUGGAGGUCACGUCACGUUCAGUUGAACCAAAAUUCUCUUUUGAAAUAAAAAAAAACCUUUUGUCUUUGCGUUCAUUUGAAUUGCAGGUUUGGAACUGAAAGUGAACUGACCUCACUGCUUGCUGCGACUGCUUCCUGUGAUGGAUGACUGUGAAUGAUGGAAGGGAAUUAAUUAUUUUUAUUAAUUAUUAGUUAAUAAGUGUUUCUUUACUGUUUGUUGUACAUUAAAGAUGUGAUUAAAGACGUAACGUUUUUAA